GUCCGGUGCAACGAACAAACGACCCCUACCUACAUACAUGCCCCCGUGUUACGGAAACCCGUUGUUAUCAGCGACGGUGACGCCGGCAGCUUGGGCAUUAUAUUAAGCAAGAAAUCACAAUCCAAGAAAAGAAAAGAAACAAACAUGCCUCACCCCUUCUCCCCCGAAGACUUCCCCAUCAAAGAGGACGUCGUCCUGCAGCCCACCCAAAUCUUCUACCUAAAGGGAUGCAUCCACUUCAAAACCACCGCCCAGAUCCUCGACCUCUCAGGCCUAGUCCAGCAGCCCUUCGCCGGCGACUUCAACCACGCCUUCCUCGACGAGGUCGACCAAGCCGCCUCCACGCAAGAAUCCCGCCCCAAAUACGAGAUCAAGUCCUCGGGCAACAUGAUGCGCACGCUCAAGACCAUGACGGACGCGCGCUCCGGCGAAAAGGUGUGCGACCUCAACAUCACGUUCGUCUCGUUCGACUCCUCGAAGGUGAGGUUCCCGGCGGGGAGCCCGCACUGCAGGCACGAGAUCGAGCUGUGCCCCGUCGACGAGGAGGCGCUGCGGCAGAGCGAGGGCGCGAAUUCCGGGAAGCACGAGGCGUUUGUGCGGCAUAGCAUCCCGUAUUUCUGGGACAUGACAAAGGGCCGUGUGGCGAUCCUGUACAAGUGCCUCAACCAGCAGCGGGUUGAGGUUGGCCGGGUCGCGGGGUACGGGUUCGAUAAGGAUGCGGUGCUGGCGCUGAAUGGGAAUGAGACGGACGAUGUGGUGGCGCUGUCGACUUGUAUCAUUUUGCUGAAUGGACGGGAUGCUAUGGAUGCUUAGGUAAAAUGGGGAAAGGGGGAAAGGGGGGAGGAAGGAAAAGGAGAAGAAGAAGGAAAUGCUAUGAUUCGAAUGGCUUAAUGAUCUUACUCGUCUAAUGAAAGGGGACAUAGUGGGAGGAGGAGGAGGAGGAAGGGGUAAUGCUAGGGACCAUGUACUACUAAUUUUCAAAGAAAUGAAAGCAAUGGAUUACACUUUAAACCGAGGGGCCGUCAUAAUCUCAUAUUCUAUCACG